AUGUUUUCAUUCUACCCUUCCCCCCCGGACCUGUCUCCUGGAGAUACCCCUGGCCUUUGCUUGUUGGACUUAGCAAACGGCUUCAAACCAUCUCCAAACUACCCAUCCUCCUCUCCCGCCGAAGAAGAACAGUCCUGCGGCGUGAAAGUCUUCACCUUAUUCGAAGGAGCUAGGCGAGAUCGGGAACAGGGUAGGGCAAAAGGGGGAAUGAGGAUCGAGCUCCGGGAGGCGCCCAUCCGGAACGCCACCUCUCUGGCGGUGGCUUCUUCUUCUGCCCCGCUCAACCAGAGCGCGAAAGCGCAGUAUUUUCUUCUCCGACGAGGAAACGUCGGAAGGUAA